GCUGCGCCGCCACAUCCCCCCUCCCUUGCCCAAGUAAACUGCAUGCAAAAAUCCCACAUGAUCAACCAGCAGCGCCUGUGCUCCGAGCUAGCUGUCUGCGCCUCCUCCGUGCAUCUACUCCUCGCACACACCAGCUUCCAGAUCUCUCUUCUGACGCACACGCAUGUGUAUGUAUGUGCGUGUCUCUAUAUACCGUGUAUAUAUCUAUGCAGCUGUCUGUUGCACACGCACACAGACACCUAGAGCUCUAGACUCCCAGAUUUUCCUAGGCUGCUGAUGUCGGAUUUACAGGCAGUGAAGGGACCAGCAUUGCAAAAGGGGGCGUGACAGUUUAAAUAUCCCCCCAUAAAACAUUUUUUUUUUGCGAAACUGACUUUUGCCCCCACCCCCUGCCGCUGCAUUCAAGUUUAUUUGCUUGCUAGGGCGGAAUAUUUUUUCUUCAGAGGGAAAAGCUGCCGGGCAAGACCAAGACGAAGGUUUGAUUUGUUUUCUGAUGUAGUCCUCUGAGGGGUGCUUGCUUUCCUCCCCCUUCUCUCGCUCUUUCAAACUGUUUCGUCUUUCUUCCCAAGUCGAUGGUUCAGGGAUGGACCCUGCUUUAUUCUAACACAGACACUUGGGGAAGCCGAAGGAGGAGAUUUCUGCUGCUUGUCCUGCGGCUCCAGCUCGUUCCCUGUGCAGAGGAGGCGGCUUGACACCAGCAUCACCAGAGGAGUUUGUGGGCUUUCAGUUUCCCCUUCUGCGAGGUUCGGCUGGUUUUACAGCCUGUCCUAAAACACCCUGAUUUCCAUCUGCUCGGGUCCCGCGCCGCAGUACUGCUUGGAUUGGCCGCUUUUUGUGCCUUUGCUGUGGCUCGGUCCGUAGUGCAUCCAGCGCCCAGGAACAGGAAGGACAAAAACCCACCCCACGAAGUCUCCUCCAACCAAGACACACACUCUGCUGCAGAGCAGGCUCCCCAACUCCAUCCGCGCAGCAGCCGGACUCUUCGGGGCUCGCUUGCUGCCCUUCUGCAGCGUGGGGGGGGCAGAGCGGCAAACUUUGUUCUUGCUGCACGGAUUCGCCUCCCGCCCGGCCCAGCUGCCUGGACACAUUCCCAGGACCCCGGGGGGGAGGGCGCUAGGGUGAAGAUUUGUAGCUGCUGCUUCCCCUCCAUCCUCGCGCGCUUACCUGAACCGGUUGCAGCUGCCUCCAGAGCCGGAAGGCUGCGAAGGAAGGACGGACAUUGAACCCCCUCCCCGCAUGUGCCACCAGCCACCAAGUAACUUUGCAAAAGGCCGGAGAGCGGUGUCUUGAGAGGAGCCCCCCCCCCCACCUCCAGCCUAGAGCUAGCAGCCUCCCGGCGCCGGUGUAUGUCUCCCCGUGGGCUCCGCACUGGACUCCCGGUGAAUGUUCCCCGCCCGCCGCCCGCUGCUGCCGCCGCCCGGCUCGGAUCCCACCUCCCCCUGCCGGGGUGACUAAGCUCCAGCGGCUCCUGAAGGGACCCAAGGACCCCCCCCCGGCACACCCUAUUGGGGGGGCGUCUCGCUGCGGCUAGUCAGUGCAGCCUCCUUGUGGUCCCCUCCCUGCCCUCUGUGUGUGUCUGUCUGCGACUUGAUUGACUGACUGAUCCCCCGGCGGCGGUGUGGGCCGGGACUCAGUGAUGUUGCACGUGGAGAUGUUGAUGCUGGUGUUUCUGGUGCUCUGGAUGUGUGUGUUCGGCCAGGAUCCCGGCUCCAAGGCGGUGGCCGAUCGCUAUGCAGUCUACUGGAACAGCACCAACCCCAGAUUCCAAAGGGGUGACUACCACAUUGAUGUCUGCAUCAAUGAUUAUUUGGAUGUGUUCUGCCCUCACUAUGAAGAUUCAGUGCCAGAAGAUAAGACUGAACGCUACAUUCUUUACAUGGUGAACUUCGAUGGCUAUAGCUCCUGCGAUCACACCUCCAAAGGAUUCAAGAGGUGGGAAUGCAAUCGGCCUCAUUCCCCGAAUGGACCAUUGAAGUUCUCAGAAAAAUUCCAGCUCUUCACUCCCUUCUCACUAGGAUUUGAGUUCAGGCCAGGCCGGGAAUAUUUCUACAUCUCUUCUGCAAUCCCAGAUAAUGGAAGGAGGUCCUGUCUAAAGCUUAAAGUCUUUGUGCGGCCGGCAAACAGCUGUAUGAAAACUAUAGGUGUUCAUGAUCGUGUUUUCGAUGUUAACGACAAAGUAGAAAAUUCAUUAGAACCAGCAGAUGAUACCGUACAUGAGUCAGCCGAGCCAUCCCGCGGUGAGAAUGCAGCACAGACACCGAGGAUAUCCAGCCGGCUUUUGGCAACCCUACUGUUCCUCCUGGCGAUGCUUUUGACAUUAUAGCACACUAUAUUCCAGUAACCUGUCACAGAAAACAUCAGGAUCUUGGAACAUCAAAGAUCCACCUAACUGCUCCUCCCAAAAAGGGACUUUAUAUUGGUUUUGCAGAUGUUAAUUUUUGGGGGGGCGGGGGGGUUGUUUGUUUGUUGGUUUGUUUUUCUUUCAGCCUGAACUAUGAGCAAGAAUUUGAGGGGAAUAACUAGUUUCAGUUCCCAACCUUCCCCAUGACUUUCCUUGACCCCUCCAAAAAUCAAAGGACUCAAAGUGAAAAUGCCAAAUUAUAACAGUGAUACUAGUGAUUCUUACUUUCCUCUUCAUUCUCCUUUAAGAAGUCACCUCCACUAGCUCUCUGUGUCAUCUGUAUAUGGAUACGGAAGAAUAGUGGCAGAUGCAGUCAGUGAAGGAUAAGGAACCUGAGUGGAAGUCCAGGAGGGUUUUACUCUCCAAUACAAUAUUUAUGCCUUCUCGUUCAGUACUGUAAGAUGAUCAUGCAAGGCAUCAUGUCACCAUGUCAGGACUUGAGGGGAAAUAUUAAGAACAGAUAUAACACUAUUUUCUCUAGGAGUUUCUAAAUGAACAGGCUUCUAAAAGGAAGAGACACUGUUUCUUAUAAGACUGUCUUGUAACAUCAUUGACAGUAAAAACCUGUGCUCCAUAAUAGAAGCUCUGUCUUUAGAAAAAAAAUAUUAAUAUUUAGGAAUUUAGCACACAGCAAGCAAGGUCAGAUUUAGGAAACUUAGGUGGGGGUGCGAGUGCCUCUGUUAUUUCCAUUUAAGUGGGUAGUGCACACCAGAUUAUUUUCUUUCAAAACAGAUCACCAUGGUGCUACAAUUUUUUUUUCUUGAAAUGCAAAGAGGCAUUUUUUUGUGACUAAAGUGACCUUCCCCAGGGCUGACUUAGUAGCUGGUAGCCUUGUAUGCAGCUCUGGGUGACAAUAUGUUCUAAGGAGAGGACUUCAGUGGCCAGAGGAAACAUGUUUUGGACACGGGAUAUCCAAUGUGUUCUUGAUUUGUCUCCCCGGCAAGUUCUACCAUCAUGGGAAUAAAAAAAGCCAGAAGAAGCCAGGACAGCCAAUCAGCAUUGUUUGGUGGGGGUAAGUGGGGAUAAGAAAAGUGUUUGAAAGUAAGGAAUACAAAUUGAAGUGUUGAUUUUAUAUCUUUUCCCGUUCCAACACAGUUUGAACAGUAGAGGAAACAUGUUUAUCAGCAGGAGAUAAACCAGAUGGGCUCCCAAAGACUUUAACAAAAUAUUUUUUUAAAAAUCCACUAGAAUAGAAAAUACAUUAUUUAGAUAUACUUUAUGCUGAGAGUGAGUAUAUAUGCUUGUCUUAUUUAAACGUGAGAAAAGUGGUAACCCUUGAUGCAAUUAGGAAUAUGGGAACUGUUUUGUUUGAUGGAAUUGGGGGGUGACCCUGUUUAAGGAAUCUGAGCAUGGCCAAGAAAGGACUUGAGAAGUCAUUGACCAGGAAAUGCAAGCCUUGGGGUUUCUAUUGGCGAGGCUGCCAUGAUCUUUGAAAUCUGAAAUAUAGUCAGGGAAAUGUGUCAAGCCAAUAUCAAAACAAAGUCUUUCAAACAAAAACUGAUGAUUAUGAUUAUGUUGAAUGUGAAAAAAAUGGAACCCAUUCCAACAA